UGGUGCCUGCGUCCCUCGUCUCGUCUGCAUUCUCCGUGGCUGUGCAAAUCGAACAGUUUUGAGACUCAAACCGCGAACUAAGGAGUGCCUAAAGCCUAUGAGACAUAAAAUUAUUACAAAAACUAAGAAAAAUGUAUAAAUGUUCUAGUGAUGGUUCAACGUGAAUUUAAAAACAUAAAUUAAAAUUUAGUAACUAUCGGUAUAAUUAAGCAGUUUCUACGUAGGAAUAUCAUUGGUUAAAACAAGUCACGUGACCAAGCUAGGAGGUCGCAUAAUUUGUUUUGUGCCGCGUGAGGGCUGUGUUCGCUGCGUGCUGGCCGCCAUUUUGAUGUUCAAUGUUCAUUUCAUUUGAGUUACGAUGCUGUGUGGUUGUGAAAAGGAAACAAGCACGAAUUCUUCAGCGCGGGCGCUUUAAUUUAGAAUUAAUGAAUAGCAGCUGUUCGUAGUGUUGAAAUUGUUGUGUAUAUUGACAGGUACGAAAAUGGAGUCAGAUUACGAUCGAAAAUUCGAAGAAAUGAAAGCUUAUAUUCCUUUCUUGGAGAGAAUGAUUACAAGGCUGGACAUUGGCAACACACCGAGAAACCCGCGACAGGCGCAGCUAGAUAAAAUCAGAUCUCUGAGAGAUUUAUUACAAAAUAAGAAAAAAAGAAUGAAAAUGGAAAACUUGUUAAAAUGCGAACAAGUCUUGAUAACCCUCCAUGCAAAAGUCGAACAGAGAGAUGCUGUAUCGGCAAAAAGAGAAUUUGAAACAAAAACUGAAGCAUCCGAUUUAAAUUUAGUUCGAAACAAGUUAAAGUCAGUUAUUUCAAGACUGAGUCCAGAAGAAGAUACAGAUGGUGACAGCACAGAAGUGGACUUUAAGAGAAAUACAGAGCCAGCAUUGUUUCAGAGAAGACCUAACCAAAAAACAAUAUCGCCCAUCAGGGGUUUAAUAAGUGAUGAUAAAGCUUGUUUACCACAGUCAUUAAAACGAAAUUAUACGCGAGUUCUACACUCUCCCGAAAAAAGUUCCAGACAUUGGCCUGAAAGUUCAAAAACAGAUCUGCCUCUUUUUAGCCGUAGGUCACCACGAAAGACCUCACAUAGAUAUUCUCCUUCAUAUAAGAAAGAAAAGAAGAAGUCAAAAAAGUCUAAGCAAACUAAGCUAAGGGAUCUUAAUAUAACCCUGAAUGUUCCCGAAGAGAAGUUGAAUUCAUUGGAUACGGACGACAUUAUAACAAGAAUUAUCAAUUGUAGUGACGGUGACGUUGAUAUUGCUACGCUACGUGAAUUGCGUUCACAGAUUUUAGGAGAACUGAAACAUACUGGAGUCAAGGAUGACAUUUCUGAACUAUUGCUGAAAUCUUGCAAAACAAACACUCAAAAUAAAUACGCAAUGGCGACUGAAAUUGAAGAAGGUGAAUUAUCUGAUAGUGAAAGUGAAGCUAUAGAAAAUAUUUAUGGAAGUUUAGUUAUUACGAAUAAAGAUACGUCCACGUCAACUUUUAUAAAUGCAGAACAAGAUAAAUCUAGAAAAAUACAAAUAUGUCUUGUAAUUAAUUCGGACAACAAUGAACAGGAUUCAUCAAAACAAAAAAUCACUGAAAAUGAAAAAGAUACAAUUGUUGAUAGCUCGGAAUUUCAAUCUUUUUCUCAGUCUAAUGAAAAUUUGAAAGUAAUUAACUCAUUAGAAAUCGAUGAAAAUGAACAACAUAGGGUUCUGGAUAGUAUCAGUAAAACUCUUAAUUCUGUUUUAAUAAAAGAAGAAGGUAAACAACUACAAAACAACAGGCAAGAAUGUAAAGCAGCAAUUCUACUAGACGGCAAGCCAAUUGAUAAAGACGAAAAAGUUGAGGACAGAGACAUACCUGAAAAGGACAACGAAGUUGACGCAUUUUCCUCAAAAGGAACGCACUCUACAUAUAAGAAACCUAUUAAAGACGAUAAAGCUACAGAAAAAGGAGUGCUACUAAAUACUGAAAAUAAAACUGAAACAUUGCCUGAUAUAAAAGACGAUCAAGAAAGUAAAGCAAAAUCUUUUAUUCCUAACUUUUACAAGUCCAAUAAAGUCAAUGAACCCAUCGAACUGAGAUCAGUUUUGAAAUCUAGUACUUGUCAGGAAGUUGUGGAUGGGAAAAUAAACAAUUUAAGCAACGAAAUAGAAACUGUAAAUAAUGUUAAUACGAAAAGUUCUGUGGAAAUUCCGCUUUUAGACCUAGAAGCAACUAAUAAAAAAGAUAUUGUCUCAGAGAUAGAUAUCUUACAGGCUUUGAAAAAGGAAAUAUUAGGCGAAACGGCUAUCACGUCUGUAAUAACAUUAACCGAUGACACCAAGACUCCGGCUCUUCAUCAGCCUAAAAUAACAAAAGUAGCUAGAGCCCAAGAAAUUGUUAAAAAGAGAAUAUCGAUUGAAAACUAUAAACAAAAAUGUAAUGAACCUACGAAACCAUUAUUUUUCCGCGAUGUGAGUCAAAAGAGUUCGAAAGAAGAUCAUAACAAAAAGCAAAGCUUAAAACUGACAGAGAAAGAAUGUGAACGAUUUAAAUUGCCAAUAAAAUUACCUUUAAACGAUAGUUCUGAAGAUGACGAUGGUUUAAUGGAGUCGCUAAAUGUUUUUUCUGAUUUGGCUCCGAAGUCGCCCGAUCACGAAGACUUUGCCGAUUUGGGAAUAAAACCACCAGUUAUUAUACCCUCUGACCCAGUUAAACCUAUCGUAGUCAAUUCCUUUCUUGAUGUCGAUAUGAGAAAUGUUGAUGAUUUUUCUUAUAAAUCCAAAGAAGUUUCUGUAGAUUUGAAUAUUGGCACUGAAAAACAAUUAAAACUAUCUAACCCUCGUAGAACAAAUUCUCGUUGGGAAAUCCCACAAUCUGACGAAACUUAUAAACCUGAAGCAAAAGUUGUGUUACCCGGCAUAUCUUCAGACAGUCAACAACCUAGUAUGACACCUAGUAGAAAUACGUCGGGUUCACACAUGACGCCUAGUCGACUAACUGCUACAAGCGUAACACAACCUACACCAAUUGCAUCAGAUAUUUCAUCUAAAAUUAUGCCUAUGACUCCUAAUGCUAGGACUUAUGAGAUGACGCCAUCUCGUGUAGAUUCAGAAGAUAUUUCAGGUAGUAAGCAUGUUUAUGCCUCUAUAUUCUCGGGAGGAAGUAAAGGGGAUAGAAAUGAACAACGUAACAGUGAAUCAUAUAUGUGGGAAAUGAAUACUAUGUUAAAAGACAAUGACUUCGAUUCGAGAGAUUCGUUUGGAAGAUACCAACGUUCUCAUAUCCCUGUCCAAUCAUUUGCCAGACACGAAGGUAAGGCUACCCCGUUACCGUUUGGAAGAAUGGAAUGCCCAACUACUCCAUUGCCCUCAUUUGGAAGGAGGGAGUGCUCAAUAACACCCUUGUCACCAUUCGGAAGAAACGAAAGAGCAAUGACACCUGUCAACUCGUUUGCCUGCAUGGAUGGGUCUAGAACUCCCAUUCAUUCUUAUGGCAGGACUGAUGAGGCAGUAAGAAUUCCUUAUUCAUAUAACAGAUCGGAACGGUUAGUAACACCGGGUCAUUCAUUUUCGCAGUUUGAUGGUUCAUCAACACCGAUUCAUCCAUAUGGUCGAGCAGAUGCGCCAACAACGCCUACUCAUCCCUUUGGCCAACAGGCAAAUCAGUUAGAUACACCAUCUUAUUCGUUUGGGAGAUCAGAUGAUCCAGGAACAUCUGCUCAUUCAUAUGGAGGCCAUGACGGGUCAGGAACACGCGCUAAUUUAUUCGGACAAGAUGGUGCGGGUACACCGGGUUAUCCAAAUUAUUCAGAAGGUCGUACAACACCGUCUCAUUCAUUUGGUAGAACUGAUUAUAUGAGACAUCAUCAACUCACAAAGCCAGUCCAUGGAAGAAACGACCCAAGACUUAACAGAAGUUCUGAUUUUGACAACUAUAAGAAACGAGAAGACAAUAGGGAAUAUGGAUUUUAUAAAGAUCAAAAAUAUAAUCCUGAUUUUAGUUCUGAUCGGCGAGGGCCGGAUGAUUUCAGGAAAUAUAAACAGCAUUUUGGAAGAAAUGAUAUGAACAGGGCUCAUGAUCGGAAAAAUGAGGAAUAUUUUAAAGACUUUGUGUCAGGUAAAGAUAAAUUUGACAAACGGUACUUUAACAGUAAGGAAACGUUAAGUUAUCGUGAUAAAAAAGAAUAUCAAUUUUAUAAUGAUCGUUAUAACUUACGAGAGCAUUCUAUAGAAAAGAAAUUUUCAAAUCACAGAGCAUCAUGCAAUACUUAUGAAAAUGACAGUGAUAUGGACGGUUGGUUUUUAAAUAAAGAUAGAAGUGAAAAUAGAGAUGUUCAAAACAUAGAACAAACCAGAAAAUCGUUAAGUAGUUUUGAUAAUCGACGACGUCGAGCUCGAAGUGUUGGUAGAAUUGAUAAUUUUGAUAAUCGCCAGCGAGCUACUAGUGUUGGUAGACUUAAUCAUUUUGAUAAACGCCUACAACGAGCUUCUAGUGUUGGUAGGGUAUUAAUUUCUGGACGUAGCAUUGAUCGAACUACUGAUGAUAAUAAACUAACCACAAAUAAAUCUGAUAUUUUUAGUAAACGCAAAGAUUUACAUCGGGCAUCUAGUGUCGGUAAAGAAUUGCACAUUCCUCGGUCUGAAAGCUUUAAAAAUAUAAAGGACGAUUUACGUUUAUUCAAAAUAAAAAAUGAUCUCAAUAUCGAAAAAAGAUUUGGGGACACAAGCUACGUGAAAAAGAAAAGUUCUCAAAACAAAAAUGAUAUUAGUACUGAUACUAGGAAAUUGGACUGUAAUCACCCAUGUCAAAAGACACAAUCGAUUAACCAUCAUUCUCCUAGAAAUAAUUAUCAAAAUCCUAAAUCGCGUCGUGAUUCAAAGAUGCAACAUAAGGAAAAGUAUAAGAACAAAUCACAAUUUCGCUAUCAUAAAAAACCUGGGAUAAUAUAUUCCGAUGCUAAUAUAUCGAAAGGUACUAUUUUGGGUCCAGGUUGUGGUGUUAAAAAUUACAAAAUACCAAAAAUUAAACGUCCUGUGGAAAUCGAAAGUGACAAUGUAACUGAUAAUAUAAAAGAAAAAAAUUCAGUGGAAAUGAAGGAUAGGAAUAGCACGAACAGGUCAGACAUUAGGAUUGAACGUAUCGAUUCAGAUAAACUGAAUUCAAAUAUCGAUACAGGAGAUAAUAAUAGCGUUGUAAGUAAUGACAAAACAGUCAAAGCAAACUUAGAUAUAACUGAUACUAAUAAUGUAGAAAGUAAUCAAAACGAAUUGGGCUCAAAUAGACGCAUAACCCGAUCUUCUAUAAUAAGCACAUCUAGUACUGACAGUUUGAAUGAGGAGGUUAUUGUAAAAAGGUCUAAAAAGUGUAAAACAAAACAAAUGAUUUAUGAUGAGACAGAAUCCGAAAAUGAAGAAAAAUUGCAAAGCGUUGCCAUAAGAGUCAGUAAAAGCUUAGAGAAUAACCCAUUGGAAAGUUCUGAUUUACCUCACAAAGAUGUUAAUUUGGGAGAUAAUGCAACAACCCAAAAAUGUACACUUAAUAAAGAACUAAACUUCCAUAUUUUGGAUCGAUAUAAUGCAAUGGAUAAAAAGAGUUUUCUUUCGACUGAAGAAUUAAAUGUCAAUAAGGAUAAGGUAAAUACUAGAAAUAUUGAACAUUGUGAAAAUAAUAAUGUAAACCAAGACAUUAGUUUACCAGCUGCCGAAUUAAAUAUACCAAGCAGUAUUUCAGAUUCAACCUACAAUUUACAGAAUCUUAAUCCUGUAAAUGAAAUCAAGAAAAAUAUUGGUGAAGAAGUUGUUAGUACAGAAAAGAAAAUAAUUUCUAAACAACUCGUUAUAAACAAUACUGGUAACGAAGGUGUUAACUCUAGUUUUGGAGACCUUGAAAUCUUUUCAGAUACUAUUGCAUCUGACCCUGUACUAGAUAACAUAAAUGCCUUAAUUGCAGAUUUAGAUCACGAUAUAGAUACUGUAAAGAGUAAUGAAGUUCGCGGGUCCUUCAAACAAGAUUUCUUGUUGGAUCAUAUGUUCGACAGUAUUAAAGAAAACCGUUAUAUGGAUGGUGAAAAGAUAGGUGUAGAAAACAACAUGCAUUCUACGUCCAAAGAAAUGACUCAAGACCAAAAUAACGGUGAGUCUACCAACAUUCUUGCACAAGAAAUUGCAUCAGAAAAGAAUAAUGUAACUAUUGCUAAAUUAGAUGUUGUAUCCAAUGUAGCUUCUAUUUCCUCUAAACGUGAAAUUAAACUGAGUGAAUGUGUUUCUAAAAAUAUAGAUGUGGACAAUAAUAGUAGCGACGCAAUAGUGUCAACAACAAAAGAUGAUAUAAAAUUACUUUCCCAUAAACAAAAUACGUCGACAGAAAGCCACACUAGUUCUACAAGCAGACCAGAUAGUACAAAUAAUGUUAUUCAUCAGCACAAAAUAACAAAUGCAAUUGCGCCGGAUAGUACAAAUGAGUCAAAUGAACCUAAUGAUCUAAUUUCCAGUUCAAAUUCAGAAGUUCAAAGUGCUACCCUAACUGUUGAUUCAUCACAAAAUCUUGAUAAAAGUGACACUAUUGGUAAUUUUUUGUCAAUACUUCAAGAUAAAACAAAAAUAAGAGAGUUAUUAAGUAUAUUAGGAGAACAAUCAUCAGAAAAUGAAAAAAUAAAAAAGAAAUUAGAGAAGCUUAGUGCAAUUGUAUCGGAUGAUGAAGAUGAUAUUAAUAAUGACUGUAAUAUUACCAAAGUUAGUUCAGGGAAUACGAAUGAAGUAAUACAGUCGAACAACGAAGUAGUUGAGAGCAAAUCAACGGCGCAUCUCGACAAAUUUGCUUUGAUAAACACUCCCGAAAAUACUAGUGAUUUAAAUCUUGUUCAUGGACACAUAUGUGAUAAAUUAGAUUCCUCUGAAAUGACGAAGCAUAAUGAUGAUACCACCGAAGGUGCAAAUCCUAAUGAAAAGGAAGUUUUUGAAGGUGAAACUGAGUCUGUUUGUCCGAGAGGUACGAAAGUUACUAAGAAAGGACGGGGAAAGAAACUUGGAAAAGGUGGUAUUUCAGCAAAAAAACGAUUAACAAGAUCAGUUGCUGUAGCAAAAACAAAGACAAAUAAACCAUCAAGAGAGCUCUUAAAUUUACAGGCGGACAUAAGAGAAAUGUUUCUGAAAGACGACGUAGACAUUUUGGGAGGUACCACAGGUUUGAGAAUGUGCCGCUUAGCUAAAUUAGUCGGCGAAAAAUCACAAAACCUAUUACGAGAUGAAUCGCCAAAAAAUGAUACUAUGGAAAAGUUAAAAAAUUGUGAAGAUUCGAUAAUAGUAGAAAAAACACCGAAAAGAAAAUAUACUAGAAAAAUUAAAUCUGACAAGUAUAAUAAAAUUAACGAAGAUUCACUUAGUCCUGUUAUUAAAGAGACAGCAUCUCAAGAAGAUCCAUAUCUAUUUCAAAUAGAAUCAGUAAAUGAAUCUAUAUCAACUGCUGAAAAGAGAGAACAUUCCCCUGAAAACGACAGUGAUUCAGCCGAGUCAUCACAAUGUGAAUCUUCCGAACAACUUUUCUCUGGACUGAAGAAAAAACCUAAACGUAAGCGUAGUGCUUGGCAAUCUGGCAUAAUUCUAACUAAGAAUAAGAAAAAGAAAUUGAUAAAUACUAAAUCGAAAAUUAUUGCUGCAGAUUUUCCUAAAAAUGCAAUGGAUGAAGGUGGGAAAACUAAUAUUCCGAUUCUUAAUUGCUAUAUCGAUAAAUUGUACUGUUUUUCUAAAAGUAUCCCCGAAUAUGACUGCAAAUUGUGUGGUAAAACUUUUAAAAAUAUUGUAUAUCAUUAUAGAAAAGAACAUCCACAUAGCGAAAUACCCUUAUCACGUAUGAGCCCAGACAUAGCCCUGGAAGCAAUUAAACAAUGUGAAACAAUAGACUUUCGAGCUAUUUGUCAAAUACCAAGUUAUCGUUAUGUUUGUAGGUUUUGUUUUAAGGAAUUCACAAAAUGUAAAACAUUAGAAAGUUUCUUUUGGCACAUAGUAAGUGCUCAUACUGGGGAAUAUAAAGAACCAUGCACUGUUUGCAAAGUCAAUGAGAAAUGUCCGCUUGCUUUAGAUAUACCCCCACCUCCCUUGAAACAGAAGGGGCAGUUAAUAGGUUACAUAUGUGGCAAUUGUAAUUAUACUCAGUUAUCGUUAGAAAAUUUGAAAACACACGUAAUUACUAGGCACAACGACGAACAAACCGAAGUUUACACAAUCAAUAUGUCACACUUGUCAGUAAAAGCUUUAAAUUCACUUUUAAAACAAUCAAAGAAGAUAACUAUUAGUAAUGAAUCAGAAGAGCAACGAGUUCUGAGAAGUACCCGAACCUGUGCUAGUUCGUCUAUGACCGAUGAAAAAGGUGACAUUGCCGAUGCAAGCGAUAAUGCCUCAAGAUCUGCAAUUUGUCAUGAGUCUAAUUUAGGGAUUUCAAAUAAAAUUACCAAAAUACAUUCUAAAAUAACAUUUGAAAAUGAUACUGAUAACGAAGAAAUCUUACAUGUCUCGAAGAGCAAUGUUUUAAAGGUUAAAGAAGAACCUAAAGACAUAGACGAAAUUAGGGAAUCUGAAUACGAUUUGGAAAAACGAAGUGAAACAUGUACAAUAACACCAUUCGAUGAACCGAAUGUUCAAAUUACAGAUGAUAAAGGAACUGAACGCGGCAAAGAUAUUAAUGAAUCACCACAUCUUAAAGUUACUUAUACCGAUUCAGGCUCCAAGCUCUAUGUUUGUUGUAUUAACGGUCAUCCACAUUAUAGAACAGCACUUAUGAUAUCCUUUAAAAAGCAUAUACAGGUAGCUCACAUAGAUGAUAAAUGGGAUGGUUAUUGCUGCAUUUGCAAAGUUAUUGUAAUGCCCCAAGGACUCCAUAGUUAUAAAAGUUGCUUAGACCAUUUGAUAGAUAAUCACUUAGAUAAUUUCCCAGUGUUAGAAAUACCCACUGAAAAACCAACAGAAUGUUAUGCAGAAAAAACUAUGGAAGAAAAUAUUAAACUUUCAGUAACAUUACCAGUUCAAAAUUCACCAAAACCAUUUUUGUCUGUUCGACCACUAUCCGAGCUCCUUCCGAAUACCGCAAAUUAUAGAAAGAGCGAUCCAUCGCCAUCAUUAGUCAUAGAAAAUAUUGUAAGCUUAGGGAAUUCAACAGAACCUCGGGUAUCCUAUCCAACGCAAGAACCAGUUCAAGAUAAGCUUAAGCGUUAUCUGUACGAAGAGGCUCAAUCUGAAAUAAUGUCAAAGAAAAACAUAAUUGUUUUAGAUGCAAUGAUAAGUCAUGACAAAUUGGUUCAAGUCUUUAAAUGCGCUGGUCGUUUUUGUUCAUACACCACAAAUAGCGCUGAGGACGCAUUGCUUCAUGUAUCUACUCAUUCUCGUAUAGGCGGUGACAAUGCUUUGAAAUGCGCUUAUUGUGACUUUGAUUGUUUGGACAAUGCGAUUGAUUUGGUUACACAUGUGUUUAAAUAUCACGGGUUCUGUCAGUAUGUGUGUGGCUAUUGUUUCUACAGAGCGACCGCUAGCCAACUUGUUAAUACACAUAUUGGAAGAGUUCACGAAAAUGUACCAGUAAAAACUGUUCUAAAGUCAUCGUUUACAACUGAACCAAUAGAAACAAACAUGUUAUCAAGAGAAGCCGCUGUACCGACCUAUGUUUGUACUUGUGGCGAUGAAAAUGGGGUGAAAUGUAAAUUCAAGACUUAUACGCCAGGAAAACUUUGUGAACACAUUAAGGACAGACACAAAGAUGUUACUAUUCAUGAAUGUUUUAUAUGUAAGGAAUCAUCUGACUCCGUUGCGGCAUUAAUCCAUCAUUAUAAAACGCACGGGCUAAAGUUGUAUCAAUGCGCGUGGUGCGUAUUUGGUGCCGACACUGAGAUUGAAUUAUUGACCCAUUCGUCAAUCCAUCACGCCGUCUGUCAGCCAAAAGCAUAUCUGAGAGUCAUUACAAAUAAGGAGGGGACUUCAGAAUUUAGAGUACUGCCACUAGCGCACUUGAAUAAAUCUAACCUACCCAACAUAACGGACGUGUCUCCAACUGGAGUGAGAGAAAACCCAGUCAGGGAAGCGGAGAGAUCUAUUGAUUUGGAGAAAUUAAUAGGUCACACAACAUCUUUCAUUGAGUCUACAGCUAUCACAGAAAAGGAAACUCCUAAUGAAGUAUCUUCAGAUGAACCCAGCAUUGCCGAAUCAAUGCUCAACUUUACGCCAGAGCCGCAAUCAAGGUCAUGCACCUCACUUGCUGCAGUGACCAUAGACCACUCAACACCUAUCGUCAAGACCGAGGUGGUAACUCCAACUUCACCAAGACCAGGAACCUCAACUGAUGUCAUAUGCCUAGACAGCGAUGAUGACGAUCUCAAUACAUCUAAUGUGUCCAGAGAAUCCAACUUAUCAAAUACCCCAAGCAUACAAGAGCCACUAGGCUUAGAAAUGUCUAACCCUUUGGAUGACCCUGUAAAAUCACAGUUUCGUUUGAAAUCUUUGUACAAAUGCGCCUCGUGCUCCGUAAUAUCAAAGAAUUCCGCCCUUUUCAAAUCUCAUUUAUCAAAGUGCUUCCCUAACCAAACAUACCACAUACCAUGCGCGUUCUGUUCGUAUAAAGGCUCGAAAACUAAACUUCUCGCUCAUUAUACGCAAAAUCAUCUAUAUAAACCUAAAUCUAUGGACCGAAAUGAUUCUCUCGACUCCAUUGCACCGCCGGAUAAAGCAAAACAACAAUCAACCGAAAAUCCUUCUAAUAUCGUUCUUUCGACAAAAAAAGUGGGAGGAGUGACAUUUAGAGAGCUAACUGCUAAAAAGAAUUCCAAACGAAAACCAUCUGCUGAGAACAGCCUAGGACCACCGGUGAAAGUAACUAAGUACGGCCCGCACGAAAUCGAAAAACUACCUAUAAACCCUAUUUUUGAAAAUUUUAUAUAUUGUUCACUUUGCGAGUUCACCACCAAAGUUCGUUUGAAUAUGGUACGUCACUUGCAGUUACACGCGAAUCAACAGCCUGUACCGCAAACUGCUCCCGUCAACCCCGUCCCGCAUUUAGAAACUAACGAAAUGCAUUUCGACAAAAUGCUUAAUUUAGCUUCCAGCUCACUUGCCAACAGACAAGACAAACUCAACAAAAAUGAAACCCCGACCAUCCCUCUUCCUCUCGAAAGGGCAAGUUCGUAUCCCAAAUAUGUUCCGGAACGAACACGCCAUACAUGUGGCGCUAAAGGCUGCUCGUAUAUUUCAGUCGAUGAAAAUAUGUUGAAAUAUCAUUGGGAGACUUUACAUUCGGGUAGCAAUGAUUUCCACUGCGUGCAUUGUCCUCCUUACCAAAAAUUGGACACGAAAACACCACUGACGGCUUCUCGUAUAAUCGCUCACCUAAAAAUGCACGAUGCUAAGCUUUAUGCUUGUUCCCAAUGCCGAUUCUAUCAUUUCAAACAAACGGUGGUCGAAAAACAUGUUAAUGAAGCACAUAAUCGCGGUGACGUCAUGGUCGUCAGAGAAGAAGUAACCAAUGUUCUUCAGAUGACCCCUCCCGUGUCUGCCUCCACAGCACCGACUAUGGACUUGAAACCUUGGCAAUGUGGUCUUUGUGAAUAUAAAAGUUUAUUGCGUCCCGAAGUAGUCGAACAUUGCGCUAAAACACACAAUUCUAAAAUGCAAUUUAAAUGCGUUUAUUGCGCGUUUAGAACUUCAAAUGAAGAAAAUGUCACCAAACAUCAGUCACAAUCACACCAAGAAUUUCCUGCUGCUACAUUUUAUUUCUAUUAUCGUGAAGGGUCAAUGCCAAAUCAAGCCGAUGGGGCUCCAUUUUGGGAAUAUCAGAAGCAAAACUAUGGUUCUGCCGAAACCAAGAUUAAAUCUGAGAAGGGCGAAGCAGUUUCUCUAAGCACAAGUCCCGUUACUAAUAUAACACCUCCCGUUGUCAAUCUUAGCAUUGUAAAGCAAGAAGUAGUUGAAUCAGUCGAAGAAAGUAUAGAAGAUCUUUGUAAGUUAUUUGGUCAGUUCUGCGAGCCGAAUGGCUUAAGAUACAAAUGUCCAUUGUGUAAAAUUGUAAUUGAAGACACUAAAGAAGCCAUGCAGUCUCACCUGUAUGAGGAGCUACAGUAUAGAAAAUGGAGUUGCAGCAUCUGUUUCUACAAGGCAUUCCAUAGGCGUGGUCUGAGCGAACAUAUGACAUCGGAGCAUCGCGUCAAUCGAGACCCUGUGGAGCUACCUGUUGACACCCGGGUCGAAACUUGGGUCACGGGUCUUCUCCAACAUCAAGAGGCCCAUAUUGAUAACUGUAGGAAAAAUUUGGCUACUCAAAAAGCUGAAAUUAUAAAAAAAACUCAAGGCGCUAGUGAACUGAAAUCUCUCUUGAUUCCUCAAAAUACAACUGUAAGCAAUAUGACAAACAUACCCAGUAAAGAAGAAUUGGAAAAUAAGUUUGGUGCUCUGGGUGUCUCAAAGGGCAUGGCUUUUUGUUGCCCCAAGUGCAACGAAGUUAUUAGCGAAGAAUGUACAAUGCGUAACCAUUUGGAAAGUGAAUUGAAUAAGAUACGAUGGUGUUGCAGUACUUGUCCUAAAACGUUUACAUCCUACCAUCAGGCACAGUUUCAUUGUAAGACCCACUCGGGGCAGUCGUCUCGUCCGGUGGAAGCUCCUCGAGAUUCAGCCGUUAGGACGGCCUGGGUCGACGCUGUACUAGAGGUUCAAAAGCUUAGUAUGAAUUGUGCCCCUCAGCCAGUCGACCAGCAACGUCAGUCUAUUUCACCUGACCCUUCAGACAACUCAUUACUAGUAGUACGAUACGAGGAAAGAGUUCCAACGCCUGAAAACCAGUCAACCUAUUUAAGAGAGUCCCCCGAUAGCGACGUUGAUCGACUCGUUAUCACUGAAAUCAAACAUAGAAAGCGCAAGGCGAACACGAGCUGCAAAUAUUGCGACUUUUCAUCUACCAAGAAGAAAACCUUGAAUGAACACAUCCUCCAAAUCCAUUAUGACCUAAAACCGUUUAUGUGUGAAUACUGCAAGGUGACCGGAACUAUAGGUUAUCUUAAAAGACACCAGAAAGUCUAUCACGCGAUGAAACCUAUAAAUAUAAUACCUACCCAAGUUCCAACAGAAUCGCCGUCUGAAUGGGUUAAAAAAAAAUUGGACGUGCCUUCAAUGGGAAUCAUUUGCCUCACUUGUCAGUCACCCGUGUUACAAUCAGAGAUACCCGAUCAUGUACAUGAAAAUGCUGAGACAGAAUUUGGUCGUAUAGGCGAAGUAAUCAUCAAAUGCUCCACUUGCAGUACUUUACAUAAAGACAUUCAUAAGUUCGAAGAACAUAAGAACAAAAACCAUCCAAAGGAUGGCAAUUACGUGUUUUAUAAACUCACUAACCGGCGAGUUCAAGCGAAGUGUUCCUACUGUCCACAGAAAUUUACGUUAAAGAAAGAUUUGAAAGCGCAUACGGAAGCUGCUCAUGCCGAGCAGAUGAAAUAUGCAACUUUAGAGCCGCAUUCAUCGAAGGUGAUAGUUUUGGAUGACGAGGAAACCAUGGGUGAAGUAUUAUCAUCUCCUAGAAAGAGAGUAGCCAGGAAGUCCACUUCAAAGCUGCCGUUCCUUAAAGCGGUAGCGCGAAAGUCAACCUCAAAAUUGCCGAUGGAUUAUCAGGAAGAGUAUUCUUUUUACGGUACAAAGCCAUGUUUAGACAAGUUGGAAAAUGUGACUACGAUGAUGCCAUUCUACAACUCCUAUAUGCCUGUUACCUUUGAAAGGCUAAGUGGUGUGUUAAAUAUCGAUCCAAAAGUAGUGAUAACAAAACUGCCAAAAGAAAUAUCAAAAUAAGUGAUUGUGUUAAAAUAUUCUUGUGAAUAAAACGUAAGGACGUCUUAUCUGUGAUUAAAGCAUUCAUAGAAAUAUAUUUCUUAACUCAUUAUUUGUAAGAUUAUCUAUAGAAGAUAGGUUUUAGACUGAAUUAUGACUGUUUUUUUUUUGUUGAUGAGUAAAAUUUGUUUGAGAUUGAGUGUGUGGUAUCUGAAAGUAUCUAUUGUGUGCAGAGAAAGUCAAGUCUGGAAAAUUUAGUUUAUAAGUUGAUCUACAAAUGAAUCCUGUCAACGUUUAUUUUUAGAUUAGGGAAUUAUCGGCCACAAACUAUAUGUUAAAACAUAUGGUAUUCACAAGAUUCAAUUAUACAUUUUCUUUUUUAAAGAAUCUUUAUUGUUCUUGGAUUUAAAUUGAAUUAGCUCAUGUUCACUACAUUAAUUAAAUCAAUUUAAAUCUAACAUUUAUGUCGUAUCUUAACAACUUUUGUUCCUGCUAUAUUAGUACCAUCUUAACAAUUUUUAAGAUAUAUAGUGUUUUUGUAAUGAAUAAAACAAAGACUUUAAAUUACUCAUGAUUUUUAUAUUUGUAUAUGUAAAUUCAAGUUAUUAAAAAAUCCAGAUUGUAACAUUGUAACUCUUUUCUUGUUUCUGUUAGUAAUUUCUAAAGAGAAAAAAAAAACAUUUAUAAAUCAAUAAAACUU